CUUUUCUUCCCUUUUCUCUUUUCCAUCUUCAAAACUCGAGAUUCGCUGCUACCAUGGACGUCGAGUUCCAGUUGCCAAUCAACCGAGAGGACCUCAUGGAUGCCACUGAGGGCUACUGUGUCCACACGGUCGCCGUGGACACGAGCUCUGGAGACUGCGUGUCGGACAUGCUUGAAGAGCUCACGCGUCAAAUCAAGCAGGAAGGCGCGCUUGCCAUCACGGACAACAUUGUCUUUGAUACGCUGUACAGUGUCACGCAAGUCUUUUCACAGCUGGACCAAUCGAGCAAGCGUCAAUAUUGGGCCAUUCUGCUCGCCAUCAUCCAAGGACUGUGCAACGAGAUGGCAACGAUCGCUGGCAACGGCGCGUCGUCUGCAAACAACGAGGACGAGGACGAGGACGACGCCAGCGAAUCCAACAGCACUCAGGCGCUGUCAGCACGCGAUACAACGCGAGUCCGAAAUGCCUUGAAGAUGGUCAUGUUCCUGACCAACUGGGCACUGGUCACCGCAGAGCAAGAUGCUUCAGCAGAAGCCACUAGCUCCGCCGCAAGUGCCGGAACCUCGUACGCAGCAGCAGCACAGGACGACGUUCCCCCUCCCAAGUCGGGAAAGGAGUCAAAGAAGGCUGGCGGCAAAAAGUCGGCCGCCAAGGCCAAAGCUUCGCAGUUCGACUGGGACACGAUCAAGGACGAGGUGUUGAUUGCCAUCUCAAACAUGAUUGGCAUGGAGGUUUCCCGCUUCUGGCACCGUGGCUGCGUUGAAGAAGAAUUUAUCAAUCUUUUCAGCCGCUCCGUGUCCCAACUCAUGGAAUCUUCAGACAACUUUAAGCGCAAGCAAACCAAAGAUGCCAUGUUCCAGGUCGUUGGCACCUUGGUGCAACACUACAAGCACGGUCUUGGAUUUUGCGCGUCCGUGAUUCACAUGCUGCCACACUUUGAGCAUCUCCCGGCUCACCUUGCUGACCUCGUUCUGCUCCUGGCCGAGAGUUACGACAGCUCCAAGAUUGUCGGUGAUUUGCUUCGCGAAAUUGCUCGAAUCAAUCCUGCAGACCUUGCCCGCGAUGCUAGCGGCACAAAGUCGUUUGCUGCAUUCUUGGUCGAGCUCUCCGAGCGCGUGCCAGAGCACAUUCUGCCUUGCGUCAGCGUUCUCCUGGCGCACUUGGAUGGAGAAUCAUACACCAUGCGCAACGCCGUUCUCAGCGUGCUUGGCAAUAUUGUCGUCCGCGUUCUUGGACAAAACAAGACGGACAGUGUCCGACACAAGCGCGACAACUUCCUCGACGUCCUGGAGGAGCGCGCAAUGGAUGUCCAUGCCUUUGUUCGUAGCAAGACGAUGCAAGUUUGGACGUAUUUGUGCGAAUCCAAGGCCAUUCCCUUGUCACGCCAGCGUCACAUUGUCAUGAUGGCAACGUCGCGACUGCAAGACAAGAGCAGUGCUGUGCGCAAGGCGGCUCUUUCCCUGUUGACUGCCAUGCUCAAGUUCAAUCCGUUUGGCAGUUCGCUCGACCAGGCUGGCUUGGAAAGGCAGCGUGACGAGCAACGUGCGCGGUUGCGGGAGCUCGACCCCGCAGCGGACGAGCAGGACGAAGCCCUUGCAACUGGUAGCGGCGAGGUUGAUCCGGCGGUGGCUCUUGGAUUGAAGGAGAACACUGCCAAAGCAAGCAAAAAGUCCAAGAAAGCCAAGCGAGCUGCCCGGAACAAGUCCAAGGAUGGCGCUGGCACGUCAGACUCUGAUGCAAGUGCCAGUGAAGGAGAGGACGCAAGCGCAGACGAAGAUGAUGACCUCAAACUCGAAGCAGAAGCAGACGUGGAUGCCGCUGUUUCGCCCUCGCAGGACACCGCUGCUCCUGAAAUGUCCUCUGAAGAGGUGCUCCGCAUCGACGCAGUCAACCGCCAGCGCUUGGUUGUCCAGUACUUCCGUGACGCGCUGCUGUUUGUCGAGCAAGUCCGCCACAUCUUGUCGGUGGUCACGCAACUGCUGGGCUCCAAGAUUGUCAGCGACGUGACAGAAAGUGUCGACCUUUUGGUCACGGCCUUUUCGUUCCGCGUGGAUGGAACCGAUGUGGCCGUCCGCCGCAUGCUGGCGCUCGUUUGGUCUAAGGAAAAGUCAGUCAAGGACGCUGUCGUCGAGGCUUACCGUGAACUCUUCAUCCCGACCGAGAUCGAAGCCAGCGGCAACAAGACUGCCGCUGCCGCCAGUGCCGCCAAGAAUCUCAUCGAGCUUACGCAGGGCGCCACGCUCGGUGAUCUUACCUCGCUCGAAGAGAUGGUCUUGCUUCUCGUGCAAAGCGGCGCCAUCUCCUCAUUGACCAUGCGCGUGCUGUGGGAUGUCUUUGCCAACCGUGUGCCUUCGACUACGCCUGCUCAAUCGCGAGGUGCGCUCAUCAUCCUCGGCAUGGCUGGUCGUGCAGACCCCGCAAUGAUCCGCGCCAACUUGUCGUUGAUUGUUACCAUUGGUCUUGGCGAACGCGGACGUGCUGACUUGCUCCUUGCUCGCGACGCUUGCGUGGCCCUUCAGACGUUGGCUCUGAUCUCACACGCCGAUUUGGCAAAUGCCUCCUCGAAAGCCACGGGUGCCAACAAGGCGGAUGCUCCCAAACCUGCUGCGACAUCUUCUGGCAACUCGCGUGAACCCGUCAAGUUUGCAGCAUCGCACCCAUUGUUUGAGUCCCUUGGCAGCCUGCUGGUCGCCCCCACCACCGCAGCCCAAGUGAACGAUUGGCUGACCGCGGCCGAGCAAGCAGUCAACACCAUCUACCGUCUCGGCGACAAUCCCGACGUCAUCUGUGCCGCUGCCAUCCGCACUCUUGCUCACCGGGUUCUUGGUGAUGAGAAUGCCGAUGUUUCGGGUGUGGUUGCUGCUGCUACUCAGGUGAGCGCCUCCUCGUCGCUCAACAUGACCAGCUUGGACGCACCGCACCACGAAGGCGACCGAGGCGAGCUGUGCAAGCUCAUCUUCCUUGUUGGACACGUGGCUGUCAAGCAGCUUGUUCACAUGGAGAGCAUUGAGAGCGAGCUCAAGCGUCGCCGAGCCAUCAAUGGCGAAAAGGUGAAGCCGGCCUCCAGUUGGACGGAUCGUCGUCGCUCGGGCAUUCUGCCCUCCAAGAACAAGGCCGCUGCAAGUGACGACGAAGAGACUGAGGAUGGCGAGGAUGCAGAGGGCAAGACGGCCAAGACGGCCAAAGCCAAGGCUGUCGGCAAAAAGGGCAAGAACAACGCUGCCGCCGCUGCUACUGCUGCUGCCCCUGCCGGCGAGUCUCUCGAAGACGAACUUGGCGUUGCCGCAGCAGCCGAAGAUGCCGAGAGCGAGUUUAUUCACUCUCUCUGCGAACACCACUUGAUUUCCGGCAACGACUCGCUCCUCAGCAAGUUUGGGCCCGUGAUUGUGCGAUUGUGCCGCGACACGCGCCGCACUGCUGGAGAUACACGCUUGCGCGCGGCCGCUGUGCUUGCACUGAGCAAGUUUAUGCUCGUGAGCGCCGACUUUUGCGAUCGCCAUUUGCAGCUGCUCUUCACCGUGCUCAAGACGGCGACCGAGUCGAUGGUGCGCGCCAACAUUGUGAUUGCCCUGGGUGAUCUCGCCUUCCGCUUCCCCAACUUGAUUGAGCCGUGGACGCCACACAUUUACGCCCGUCUGGCCGAUCAGGACGUGCGUGUGCGCAAGAACACGCUCAUGGUGCUGACGCACUUGAUCUUGAACGACAUGAUUCGAGUGAAGGGUCAGAUCAGUGCCAUGGCCAUCUGCAUCAUUGACGAAGAUCGCCGCAUUGCUGAUCUGGCCAAGCUCUUCUUCCACGAGCUCGCCAAGAAGGGCAACACGAUUUACAACAUUCUGCCCGACAUUGUCAGUCGAUUGUCUGCAGCGACAGGCACUGCGUCGCCAUUGCAACCGGCAGUCGCGCCUGCUGCCAGCGAGCCGACGGAGGAGGAGUCUGCUGCAAGUGCCGCGGAGGCGAUUAGCGACGGCCAUAUCACAGAGGUUGCGUUCAAGAGCAUUAUGGAGUAUCUCUUCUCGUUCAUCCAGAAGGAGAAGCAGUCGGACUCCCUGUUGGACAAGCUGUGCCACCGCUUCACCACCACUCGCGACCCGCGACAAUGGCGCGAUAUUGCCUACUGUCUGUCGUACCUGUCGCUGAGCGAGAAGGGCAUUCGGCGCCUUGGCGAGCUGUUCGGCUCCUUCCAAGACAAGCUGUACGACGAUCGUGUGUUUGAGUGCAUGGAGACGUUGAUUACCAAGGCCCGCAAGUUCUGCCGCGUCGAGCUCAAGACGGUGCUGGACGAGCUGCAGGCCAAGAUGGAGGAAUGCCACAAGAGCGGCCAGGUCGAUCACUGCGCUGCCGAGAUGGCGGUGAACGCGUCCUCGAAGGCCGGCGGUGCAUCCAAGCUGUCUGAGAGCGACGUUGCCGAGAUGCUGCGCGAGCGUCAGCAGCAAGCGCAGGCGGCGGAUGAGGCGAGCAAGCCCGCUGCUGAGCCUGCCAAACGGGCUCCCCGCAAAGGCAAGGCGCCGGCCGCCAAGAAACCCGCAGGCAAGGGCAAAGCUCGCGCCCAGUACACUGGCAGCGACGACUCGAGCGACGAUGACAUGGACUCCUUGCCCGCGGACUCUGAGAAUGCUGACAUGAACACUGCGCAGUCAAAGUUGAGUGUUGCCGCUGCCUCCAAGGCACGCGCACAACGAGCACCUCGCCGCAAGGCUGUUGUGAGUGACAGCGAGGACGAUGAUGACUUGCUGCUGGCCUGAACGUCAACCAAGCGCGAAGGGUGGUGCAACAACGAACGUUUGUUUGGCUCAUGGAUUUGUCGAUAUUAUUUUUUCGGUUUGAAUUUGUUUGUGGUUGUGAAUGUUUCUUAA